CACAGUCACAAUAUCCCCCCCGGCACACACAAAGCCCACUUCGCAAUUUCCACCCUCCACCAAAAACCCAUCAUCGCCUUCUUCAUCUUCUUCCUCCUCCUCCAUGGAAGAAAAAGAGAAGACCAAAAGCAAGAACAAGAAGCAGAAGCACCAGCACCCCAACGAUCAAUCGUCUAAACCCUCCGAUUUCUCCUUCAAGCCCAGCUCCGACGUCAAAGGCCUCCGAUUCGGCGGUCAGUUCAUCGUCAAAUCCUUCACCGUCCGACGAGCCAGACCCCUUGAACUACUCAAACUCCUCUCUUACCCACCGGCUCCUAAGGACCUCCACCAUAAUAAGGUCCUUCCCUUCCCUUCCACCACCGCCUACUUGCCGACCAACUUCACCAUCCUCGCUCACCAAGCUUGGCAUACUCUCACGCUCGGCCUCGGUACUAACAAAUCCAAAGUGCUUCUCUUCGUUUUCGACUCUGAAACCAUGAAGGCCGCCGUCGAUCGGACUUGGCCCUCUGAGAUCCCUCUCGGCGAUGUAAACAAGAAACUCAUACGAGGCCUUUCCGGUUGCGAGAUGGCCAGGUUUAAGUUCAGAAAAGGCUGUAUUACUUUCUAUGUUUACGCCGUCCGCCGUAUCGGAAGCUUCGGUUUCUCGUCCUCGGAAGAUCUCAGAGCGAUUCUGCAAUCCGUUGUUGCUCUUAAGGAUUUCUUGGAUCAUACCACCAUGCUCGCCAUGCCUCACCAGAGAACCAUCCGUUAUCAAGACCCCGUAGCCAUGGCCCACUAGUUUCCGCCAUCAUCGUCGUCUUCUCUUCCUUCUUCUUCCUCCUCACUGCUCCACUGUUAGCAUUUUCUUGAUUAGCUUUAUUUUUCACCAGAAUGAUAUUUUGGCCCCACCAAAUAGGUACUUUUUCAAUUUAGUCCACUGUGGAUAUUUUUUCAAUUUAAUCCUUCAGUUAUUAGGUAUUUGCAACAGUAUGCCCUUUCUUCAUAUUUCCGGAACCAAAUCUAACCAUUCUCUUGACUUGAAUGUGGGUUUGGUUUGUUUAUCUAGAAUGAUAAAUUCACCUACAUAUCAAAUUGAGCAUUCAAAGUCUCACAAGUGGCUUGGUUAGAUUUGGUGUUAAAACAACAUUGUUUGACUUGAAUGUUGUUUUAUCCAUUUGGAUAUGCUCAUUUACACCUCAAAAUUUAACAUUCAAGUCAACAUAAUGUCAUACUUAAUUCAGAAUUUUGGGUAUAAAGAAAUUAUGAAAAGGGGUGAAAUUGCAAGUAUUUAGUGAUAGAAGGAUUAAAUGAGAGAAAUGAUAUGUGGGGAGGACUAAGUGGAAAAUUUUAUCUGUUUGUAAGGGAUUAA